GAAAGGAGCGAGAGACCCCUCCUUCCCACACAGCUUUUAGACAUGCUAGCGACUGGACAAACUAUUUUCACAACCUCAAAACAACUUCUUGCUUAGUACUAGUAAUAUUUUACAACAACUACUAGCUAAAUAUAUAUCAAAUUAACAAUUCCUUCCUUUCUUGUUUCAACACAAAAUCUCAGUCCGAAAUAUCCUGCUGUGUACAUAAACAAACUCUCUCUCUCUCUCUAAAGCGUCUUCAUGUUCCGUAUUUGUCUGCGGAGCUCAUAGCUUACCACAGCUCACCUCAGCAAAACACAUAUACAGGGAGCCAGCUGUCUCUGUUUCUCUCCCUGUCUUACACUCUUACUCUGUUUUUUUUUUUCGUUGCCUAUGAAAAUUCCCUUCCCAAAGAGUACCAAUCAACCUCUUUACACUGCCCUUAAAACCCAACCACUUCACCCCAUUAACAUUUCUAUACCCUUCAAUAAGCCACGCCCACCACCAAUAGCAGUCCGUAUGGACACGGACUCCUCUAGUACCACCUCCACCGCCGUCUUCCGCCAUAAAAAAGACAAGAUUCUCGUAAUAAUGGGAGCGACUGGGUGUGGCAAAACAAGGGUAUCUAUUGAUCUAGCUACACGCUUCCAAUCCGAAAUCAUCAACUCCGACAAAAUGCAAGUCUACGAAGGUCUUGACAUCACCACCAACAAAAUCACCAUUCAAGACCGUCUUGGUGUUCCUCACCAUUUACUCGGUGAGUUCGACCCGGAUGAUGGUGAGUUGACUCCCUCUGAGUAUCGGUUAGCUGGUGGAUUGGCUAUCUCAGGUAUUGUUUCAAGGCAAAAUCUUCCUAUUGUGGUUGGUGGGUCCAACUCCCUUAUUCACGCUUUGGUUGUUGACCGGUUUAAUCCCGAGUUAAACGUUUUUGAUGGGUGUAACCCAGUUUCAACCCAGUUAAGAUAUAACUGUUGUUUUUUGUGGGUGGAUGUGUCAUUACCUGUUUUGUGCGAUUACUUGUGUAAGCGAGUCGACGAAAUGCUCGACUCCGGGAUGCUCGAUGAGCUGUCAGAGUAUUAUGGCUCAGUUGAUGCAGCGAGUCAAAUCGGGUUGAGGAAAGCGAUUGGGGUGCCUGAGUUUGAUCGGUAUUUCAAAAAGUACCCACCUGGGUCUGGGUGUGGCAGAGGUAUUGGUGUGGAAUGGGAUCGGGUACGGAGGGCAGUAUACGAGGUCUGCGUGAGGGAGAUAAAGGAGAACACGUGUCAGCUUGCGAAAAGGCAGAUCGGCAAGAUCUUGAGAUUAAAAGGGGCAGGGUGGGACCUAAAAAGAGUUGAUGCGACUGAGAGCUUUAGGGAGGUGAUGAAGGUGACGUCAGAUGAUCAUAUCAAGAAAAGAAAGAAGAAGAGGUGGAUGGAGGUUUGGGGGAGAGAUGUGAUGGAGCCAAGCAUGAAAAUUGUGAAACGCUUCUUGGAGGAGGAGUAGGAGUAGGUUUUACAGUCAGUCAGCCAGUCAAUCCAUCAAUCAAUCAAUCCAGCUUUUUUCCCGCUACCGUUCUGGUUUUCCAAAUAAUUAUUAUUAUUUUGAGAAAUGCUAACAUGAAGCUGCGAUUGUGCAAUUCUUGGGUUCGAUAUUUCGAAUCGGCGCUUGCCUGACUAGUUCAUGCAAUCGUGGGUGGUGAUCAUGUUCGAUGAGCAUGGUGAAGCUUGCAUAAUCACAUCCACCAGUGCAAUCUUUCGCGGUUUUAUGUCGGAUGACAAACAUGGUGAAGAUUGCGUAAUCACAUCCAUCGCGGCUGCGCAUAUUUUCUUCUCUUUCGGUUUGGGUCUUAAAUGAUGGAGAGUUUUGGGUUACAUAUUGGGGGUUCACAAAUGGGGUUCCAGAAUUUGCAAUGAGCAACCAGUUUUGCAGCAUCAGGAUGUUCCUGGCUUGGGUACUGUAUUGGGGGCAUCUUUACUCUUUUCCCCCCCUUCUUUUCCUUUCCUGCCUUGGAAGGGUCCAUUUAAAGUCAAUAUAAACAUACGGAAAAAAUCGUGAAUUUUGGAGAAAUAAAAACUUAUUCUGGAAUGUUGUUUUUAGCAAUUAUUCUUAACUGGUAAUAGAAGCUUGUUUUAGUG